AUGGACUUGAACGCUGCUGCCGCUGCCGCGGGGCAGAAACCCGACCUGGCCAACCCGGAAGAGAUGCUUGCCCCGCCGCCCCAGGCCCACGUCGAGCGCGAGAAGGACAUCACCGACACUUUGGAGCUUGCCGAGGAUACCCGGAAUUUAUCGCUAGACCCCACGGUGAAACAGGCGCAGACGAAGGACGGGGCGGGCCCGCUGUACGUGCUGGCCGACGCCGUCAAACAGAGAGCCCACCACCGCAGUGCUCCCAAACAGCCGCCGCCGCCGACGCCAAAUGCCACCAACGGCAAUACCAAUGCUACCAAUGGCGAUUCCUACCCCCUGCCGCAAUUGGCACCGGCGCAAUCGGUGCAUUCGUCGUCGUCUACCCCGAGAAUCGAGGUUCCCUUGGGUGCCGCCUUCGGGUCGCUGCCCCGUUCCCGCGCCAAACUGGGGUCAAUUGGAACUAGUAAUGGAAAUAGUGGAGCACCUGUCAUUCCCGAAUUUGACCUUCUGAAGCCUCGGAGCAGUCGUAUCCAACACCCCGCCGGUGGUGCCGCUCAUUUCCCGUCAUCUCCCAGCGGUAACCCUCCCGCUACCCCUACUCAACCACGUGCUACCAACGGUGCUAAUGGCGUUAGUGUACCCCCAUCACCAGCGACGUCAGUACCGGGAGGCAUCUUCACCCCCAUCCAAGCCAAACAGGCGAGCACUCCUACCCAGACGCCCAAACAGACCCCCACUCAACCAAUUGCGGCCAACCAAGCUGCCGGAGCUGCCCCUGCUGCUGCUGGAGUGGCACAGGCGCCCGUUUACGCGCCGUCGCUGCUGCUGCUGAAUGGCCAGGACCCGCUGCUGCGGCUCCAACCGCUUUCCAGCCGUACCACUGUCGCCAGCGACUCCACCAAAUUGAGACAGCGUCCUCUGGCGGCCACUACCGCUAAUAACGGCCAAGUUAACGGCACUAACGAGGCGAGAGCGGUGGCGCUGGGGUCGCAAACUCCCACCACUGUUAGCAAACAACCGCCUCCUCCGGCUGAUGUUGACGUCGAUAACCCUUUGGCAGUGCUGUCGCAACAAGUUCAGAGGGGGCAAGUGGACGAAAAAGGUCCCCAGCCGGAUUUAGUACCGUCAAAGGACUUGGAUAUGCUGAAUAUCACUACUAAACCCCCGCCGUUGUUACCGCAAAUGCCUACCUACCGGGGUUGGAGAGAAGUGGGGCACUUUGAGUCCGACGACGUCAUGACCGCCGAGGACUACCAGUACGAUUUAACCCUGAAAUCGUCAUUUUUCGAUACCCAACUCCCUCUGAAGUUGUUUGGGGAAUGGUACCAUAACGUCGGCUGGCUUGCCAUUGGGGCGUUUUUCCUGUGGUUCUGGGGUUACUUCUACUUCUCCCUUGGUCCCGUAUUCUUUGUCGUGUUAGUAUGUCUGGUAUUCUACCGGCUGAGUGUACGCAAAUACCGGGAACAGAUCCGGGAAGAAGCGCAACGUGAGUUUCUGAUCAAGCAGAUUGAAACCGACUACGAGACCAUCGACUGGUUCAACUUGAUGGUGGAGAAGUUCUGGUACUACUUGGAACCGCUGAUCUCGCAGAUUGUGUGUGAACAGAUUAACGCCACUCUCGUUACUCUUCCCGUGCCUGAUUUCAUUAUGAAAUUAUGGAUCGAUACGUUUACCGCCGGUACCAAACCGUUCAGAGUUAACCGGGUGAAAACGCUCCAGGGGACCGCUGACGAUGUCGUGGUGAUGGACUGGGAAUUCUCGUAUAUUCCCAAUUCGUUGGUUGACCUUUCCGCUAAGCAAUUGAAAUCAACGGUAAACGAAAAGAUCACCGUGAAGACUUCGUUGUUUGGCGUUACUAUCCCCGUCACCGUGCUGGACGUGCUGUGCCGUGCCAUCGUCCGUGUCCGCGUGAGAAUGAUGGAGCUGUUCCCCCAUAUUGAGACGGUGAACGUGCUGUUGUUACAACCCCCUAAUUUCGAUUUCGUUUGUCGUUUGUUUGGUGAUACUUGUUUCAACUUUGAGGUGCUUGACUUCCCCGGUAUCUUCCCCUUCAUCAACGAAAUGGUGACCAAAUACGUCGGACCCAUGGUCUACGCUCCCAUGCUGUACCAGUUAAACAUCCAGCAAUUGCUUGCCGGUAACGCGUUGGACUCGGCCAUUGGGGUGCUUUGUAUUACUGCCAACUACGGUAAGGAUAUUCGGGCGAUUGCUUCCAUCAACAAUACCAUGGACCCGUACUUGACGUUCUGCUUUGAUAAACGGAAGGUGUUGGCGAAAACCAAAACGAUUAUGGACACGCUGAACCCGAAAUGGAACCAGACUUUUUACAUUCCGGUGAAGCUGUUGGCGGAUCCGUUAGUCGUGCAAUUAUUCGAUUAUAACGAUUUCCGCCUGGACAAGUUGGAAGGUAUCGUGCAAAUGGACUUGGAAUUCUUGGAGAAGGACCCGGUUCAACAAAACGUCAACCAGACGAUCACGAGAAAUACUAAGCCGGUGGGGACAUUAAACUUUGAUCUCCAGUACUUUAAGUGUGAAGAAGCCACCAUGGGUCCCGACGGUGCCAUUACUCCUCCUCCCGACUUGAACACGGGUAUUGCUCGUAUCAACGUUGCCGAAGCCCGCCACUUGAAGCUUGACGAAAAGGAGAAACCGCCUAAUGUCCAGGCGCUUGUGUACCUCGAUAACGAACUUGUCGACGAGCUGGAGUUCGUCAAGCUGGCCACUCCCGGAUGGAACAUGAUUGACGAAAAGAUCGUGUCGUCGCGACUGAAGGCUAAGCUUAAGGUGGUGCUUAAAGAUAAGCUGGGUAAGAAGUUGGGUGUCGUGCUGAAGUACUUGAACGAGUACAUCGACGCUCUGCAAGUACAACAGCUGUGGUUCUCGCUUGCCUCCGGUGGUGAAGUGAGAAUUGAAGUCCAAUGGAAACCGGUGGAACUUGAUAUCGGUGACCCCAUAUCGUUUACUCCCCCGAUCGGGGCGGUUAGAGUGUCGAUUGACCGCGCCGAAGACUUGCGUAACUUGGAGACCAUCGGCAAGAUUGAUCCCUACGUGCGGGUGUUUGUUAACGGGGUGUACAAGACACGUACUCGUGCGUUCAAUGGUAACUUGAACCCAUCGUGGAAUGAGGUUCACUACGUUACGGUGUCGCUGGCUAAUCAGAAGCUUACCAUCGAAGUGAUGGACGUUGAACGCCACUCGCCCGACCGGACGUUGGGUCAAUUUGAUGUCCAACUCAAUGAGAUUAUCCAGAGAGAUGAAAAGGGGCAAUACGUCGAACACCAAGACACCACCAAACGUGUUUCUAAAUUGAUCCAUAAGAAGGGGGUCAAGGGUCAGGUGACCUACUCCCUUUCAUUCUUCCCUUGUCUCCCGGUUAAGACCCUUCAAGAUAUCCGUGACGACGAAUGGGAAAAGCAACACGAAGCCGAACAACGGGAACGGACGCAAAAGCGGAAACAGGAGAUGGACGACAUCAAGGAACAGAUCAACCACCACCACGGCCACAAGAAGCACGUGUUACAGCGUCGUUUGGCGCGGAUGGAGAAGCUUGGCGGCGGCGCUGACGAUGCUGCUGAAGACGAAGCCCUCAACAUUGACGGCGGUUCGUCCGAUCUGGGUAAGCUUGCGCUUCUGCUCGACGAACUCAUCGAUUUCAAGCUGGGGGUGUUUGUGUUUGAAGUGUUGGGGGCUGAUGUCCCCAAGAAGAGUUCGUACGUGCAAUUCUUCUUUGACUCUCAUGGUUACAGCGACUGGACGCUGCCUAAGCUUAGUAAAGCGCUGAAACGGAAGAAGCGGGGUAACGCUCCCGAAGGCGCUUUGGGUACUGGUGACGUGGUGAUUACCGAUUUGGACUGGUCGCAGUGUACUAUCCGUAUCGCUGCUAAAGACGAUAACAAUAUUGCCGAGAAAUGCGACUGUGAGACGCUGAUCCCCGCCCUCCAAUUGCUUAAGAACUCCUACGACCAACCGGAAACGUUACAGCUUUCGGGCUCUAACGGCCAGGGGACGGUCCAAGUACAAUGUCAAUGGAUCCCCCUCGUUUAUGAGAACGGGGUGCCGCCUCAGGACUCUAAGGAUAACCAGGGUGAAUUGACUAUCCAAAUCCUUAAGGGUAAUGGGCUCCCUUCAGCUGACUCCAACGGCAAAUCCGAUCCGUUCGUCCAGCUUUACCUUGAUCUGGAUAAGAAGCACUUCUUUAAGACGCAUACCAAGAAGCGGACGUUGGAUCCCGUGUGGAACGAGACCACCACUGUUGAAUUGGGUAACAUGUACGAUACCGAGAUCCGCGUGAUGUGUUGGGAUUGGGAUAUGGCCGAUGAAAACGAUCUUUUGGGUACUGGUUUAAUCAAAUUGAGCGAAGCCAACUUCAAGGAGAACUCGCUGGUGGACGUGGAGACGCCCCUCGUCGGCGAAUCGGGUGAGGACGCCGGUACCGUGUACUUUAAGCUUUCGUUUAAGCCGAAGAAGAUUAUCCAGGUGAGAGCCAAUUCCGAUACCACGAUUGGUGACGCCUUUGUCGUGGCUAAAGGCGGGGCCACCGUGGUUAAAGGUGUGGGUAAAGGCGUUGGUUUUGUCGGUAAAAACGUCGGUAAAGGGGCCCUUUUGGGUCUUGGCGGCGGUGCUAAGAUCCUUGGUGGUGGCUUUAAGGGGAUUAAACACCUUGGCCACCACGAUAAGAAGGACGCCGACGACUCGGGGUGA